AUGGAUCCUGAAGUACCCGCUAGCACGGAUAUUAAUGAACUCACACUCUUCAGAGAGGCAGUAUCCAACAAGCCUCUGGAAACCCGUCUCGCGCUCAUCCGCGCUGCUCUGGCCGCAGGGUUCUCUCCCAACGAACUAGACCGCCGCCCCCGUGCUGAAGGUCGCGCACUAGACUGGGCGAUCUGCGAUGGUCGUUCUGUCAAUUACGCUGUGCUCAAGCAAAAUCUUCCUGUUGUUGAACUACUGCUCGAAGCCGGCGCCGACCCAAGGCUUCCUUCGAGGGGUGGCUCCUCGCCGAUUGAUUCUUUAGAGGCCUGGUUCAAGCAGUAUGAGAUUCAUGGGGAGACGUGGGCAGAGGAGGAUUUGGAGCUGAAGCCGUUCUUUGAAAAGGCAUUGGAAGCCAUGAAGAGGACGAGAGAUGAGCUCAAUGGUGUGAAUAGCGAAAGAUGCUGCUGA